AUGUACCUCAUUCCCAGAUUAAACAAAACCAAUAAAUCUUAAGAAGAUAUAGCAGCUAUUCAAGAUUAUAUGAGUCAAUUACCGUAAUUUCAUGCUCCAUAUGAGAUCCUAAAAGAGGUAUAACGAGUUUUAUAUAGCUAUGUUAUAGUAUGAAUUAUAAAUAGUUCAAACAUGGAGAGCAUGUAAGCAAUAAAAGUGAGUACGCCUACUUCAUUUUAAAAGGGUAGAUUCUAGCUGAUAAUGGUGAUUCAUAUAGUGUGGAUACAUGGUACGAUUUAGAUUACUCGUUCUAUGUAGUGGUACAAAAUUUGAUUUACUAAGGUCGAUACACAUUGCAUCAUAGUGCCCAUAAACACAUAUAAGAAUUUUAAUCACACUCAUGGAUCUAAUUUUCAAUAUCGCAAAAAUAUUUUAUUAUAAAAUAUUACAUCAAUAGACAAAAUAAACUCAAGCAAAAUACAAGAAAAGCUCAUAAGAACUUUUACAGAAACCACACUAUCAGCUGGUACCAUCAUUUACAAAUAGAACGAGCCAGCAUAAUCCCUUUAUGUUCUGUCAGAAGGGGUCUUAUAAAUUUCUCGAUUUUAUGAAAAGAAAAUGACUCAUUACGAAAAACAAGUUCUGCCUAAAAAGUAUUGGCAAACAGAAGUUAACAUCUGCUAACUUACGAAUUCAGGUGUAAUUGGUGAAGAACUAUUAAAAUAAGAGCUCGCAUUCUAUAAUGUUAAGGUAAUCUCGAAAAUUGCAGUUUUAUAAAUGAUUUCAGUUAAAUAGCUGAAGAACUUCUUAAAUAUCAAUGUUGUUAUCCAAUCCUUAUAAGAUUUGUUUAAUGAUAAGCAUGUCCAGAGAGAGGAAAUCUUUAAGCAAUAAUGUGAAGAAAUGGAAAAGAACUGGUAAACUACCAGUAAAUAAUAGAUUAUUAACUCGGAAAUUAAGAAAACUAUUAGUUUUAAAGUACUCAAAUCUACAUCUGAAAAGUAACAAUAGACCAAUAACACUACAAUGAAUGUGACAAAAAUCAAUAUUAGUAACACUCCAAAUUGUUAAGAUGAAGAACUAGGAGAUUUUCAAAGAACUAAAAGUCCUUUUAAAAAGAUACCUAAUUUUAUAUAGCAAUAUUUCAAAUAAAAAUAAUUGGAAUCUACUAAAAAAACAAAUGAAAUAACGUUAUAAUAAUUCAUUUAAAGACAGCAACAUUACAAUAAUCCAUAUUAAUUAUUUGAAAAAGUCCAUGAUCCACUUAAUUAUAUUUAGAAAGGAUCUAAUUAUAAAAGAUAAUAAUUUUCAGUCUUGAUUUAACAUGGAAUUGUAAAAAUUAAAAAUCCAUAGAUUCCUAAAUAACCUAAACGGCCAAUAACAUCUUAUUUAGGAGAUGAAUCAAGUAAUAACAAUAAUAAUACUAAUAAUAACAACAACAACAAUAAUAAUAAUAAUGAUAAUUCUCAAUAAUAAUAACCAACAAGAUUAUUGAUUAAGAGUGUCCAUACUCCUAAACCUAUAGUUAGUUCAUUAAAAAAGUUUUAUAGAAGUUAAUCAGCACAUAAAAAUAAAGGAUUCUCUUUAUUAGGAAAAUCAUAUUAAUAACAAUCAAGUAAUAUAAAAUCGAUAUAUUUAGGUCCAAGAGACAAUAUGUUUUAUUUAAGAAGUAACUCAACUCACAAUUUUAAAUUAAGUCUUAACAAAUCCUCAAAUUAAAGUUAAUAAUUACAAGUAUGUUAUACGGACAAAAAAAUACAAUGCGAAGAAUCAUUAUUAUGA